UGAGAUCUGCUGCUCACAUUUAUAACCAGACAGACCUGGGUUUGUUCAGGGCAGAGCAGAGCUGAGCUGAGCUGAGCUGGACGGACGGACGGGGAAUAUAUCCACCGAGGAGCGGGAGCAGGAGGACGCCGAGUUUCAAACUUUGAACCGGACGACUAAAAGGGACGAGAGAGGAGAACAAAGUUUGAGCUGUCUCCUGCUUGGACCGUAAAGCUAAUAAUUCACCCUGGAGGAGGUAUCACUCUUUUACUUUGACUGUUGUGAUUUUCUGUCAAGCUCAAGACUUGUAACUUUAGUUUAGUUGGAACAGACACACGCUUUCUUCAAAAUGGAUAAAUACGAGGAUUUAGGAUUAGAGGCAAGUAAGUUUAUCGAGGACUUAAACAUGUACGAAGCAUCCAGAGAUGGUUUAUUUCGUACGAGGAGGGACGCAGGAAAUAACCCCGAUUUUGAGGAGACGAGGAAGGUUUUUGCCUCUAAAAUGACUAAAAUACACAUGCAGAAACACCAAGAGGAGAUGGCAAAAAACAACCUGGCCAUGAAAAUGAAUGGGGGUCACAACAACACAUAUUACACCAAAGACAGGCCGCCUAUCAACAGCUACAGGCAGCCGGGUGAAGCAGCCGCGAAGCCCCCGAUACUCUCUGGCCCCGUGCCGGGCACCACGGCUGGGAACCAGUACGCACAGUUUGACGGCCAGAAACACCACGCAGGCAUUCAGUCUGAGCCUCCAGCGGGCAGGGCAUAUGGCUACGGAAACAAUUACGAUAAUAAGGAGCGCUUAGAGCCACAUUCAUACCAGAACAACACCCCUACUCCCCCCAGCCCAGGAAACGCAUCUCACAGUGCGCCCACACAUGCUCGUCACCCGGCCAGCCAGUCUGCUGCUUGGGCCCCAUCCAGAGAGAGCCAGCCUUCCCCAUCUUUGUCUGGGUCAGGGAGCAACAGUGUAACUCAGCAACAGCCUCAGCGCCAGGCUACACCUCCCUCAACCAACAGUCUUCCAUCUCAGCAGAGUCAGGCUGUCACCCCUUCUGUUAACCAGAGUCCACCCUCCUCUGCUGGGUCAGUCAGGGGAUGGGCUGAAGAGCCCUCUGGCUCUUCCAAACCAGACCUCAUCCCCGCCCUGCCAAUGAGUGCCUUCACAGGAGGAGCAGACUUCCAUGUGCAGCAGCCACACACAUCCACACAGUCUGCAGUUCAUUAUGCACCACCUUCUUCGACUUCGAGACCCUCUUCCAGCCAGAAUGGUUCUGUGGUGGCUUCCUCUCCCCUGCCUGCACCUUCUGAAACAUAUCAACCCAAAGUCCAGGUCGCAUCCGCUGUCAUGAGCCCUGGCAAUAACUCCAAAAGCUUCAACCAGGUUCAAGGUCAGAGCCAAAUACCCACCUGUGGACAGGCUGCCUAUGUUGAAGCUGAAGUCCCAUCCUCCCCCAAAUCUGUCCAAAUACCUUGCCAGUCCCUCCUCACUCAGCCCCCUGAACAGGGGCCUUCAGCAGUUGAAAUAAAAUUAGAGGCCCUCACUAACCGGCUGGAAAAAGAGAUGGAUGCCCAACCAAAGGCUGACUACUUUGGUAAGACUUUAGACAACCAACACCAACAAGAUCCUCACAGAGUCUGCAUAAAAUGUAACAAGGCAGUGUACGGAGCCAACCAGGCCUGCCAGGCUAUGGGCAGCCUUUACCAUGACAGCUGCUUCACCUGCAGCGCCUGUAGUCGAAGGCUGCGGGGUAAAGCUUUCUACUAUGUUGGAGGGAAGGUUUUCUGUGAAGAGGACUUUCUGUACUCUGGUUUCCAGCAGUCUGCGGACAAGUGCAACGCAUGUGGACAUCUGAUCAUGGACAUGAUCCUGCAGGCUCUCGGGAAGUCGUACCACCCCGGCUGUUUCCGCUGUGUCAUCUGUAAUGAGAGCCUUGAUGGAGUGCCCUUCACUGUGGACACUGAAAAUAAGAUCUACUGCGUCAAAGACUACCACAGGGUCCUCGCCCCUAAAUGUGCAGCCUGUAACCAGCCCAUCCUUCCCUCACAGGGGUCUGAUGAAACCAUUCGAGUUGUAUCCAUGGACAAAGACUAUCACGUGGAAUGCUAUCACUGUGAGGACUGUAAGAUGGAGCUGAAUGACGAGGAGGGUCACCGCUGCUACCCUCUGAACGGCCACCUUCUCUGCCACUCCUGCCACCUGAAGCACAUCGAGCCUGGCUCCUCCAUCACCGCCUCGUCUUACUAACACUAACUGCAGGCGGCGGGAGACCCCUGGUGGAUUGUUGGAGGAACUGCCAAAGAGUGAAUAAUGACAGCAGGAGAGGAUUUAAACAAUUCUUGUUGUAGAGGAUUGAUUGAUUUAAUGCAUAAAAUCAUACGAUGGUUUGACCAGAAUGUUAAUGAAGUUUUCAUUACGUGAGUAUUGACGCCUACAGAGGUUAUGACCCAAUAAUUAAGUAUUGUAAUACACAAAAGCCCUCUUUGAAUGCAGUUAUACCCACUGCAAUACUGACUUUGCAGAAGUGUCGCCAUAUAAUUAUUUUGUGUAAAUACUAGGGAUAUAGGCUGUGUAAAUAUCUUACUGUCAACUCCCAUUCAAUACUACGUGCCUUCACUUUCACACUUCUGCUGUGGAGUUAACAUUCAAAAUCAAUCUAUAAAUCAUCUGUCCAGAUGUUCUCAUUAACAUGUUGUUCCUGAGAUGAUUUAUAAAGAAUAUGCAAAGUCCACUGUGCAACGUGACACAAAUCACAGGUACCUAAUAUUUUAAUUUUCUGGUUUGAUAAUAAUGGUUGAGUCAGAGUCCUCUGAUUCAUGCAAUAUACAGUAUUGAGGCGUCUUGAAGCUUCUUGUGGACGCAGGAAGGAGGAAAGCAGUUUCUACAUGCUUGGAAUGUAUUUAUACAUGCAUAACAUACAAACUAAAGUAACUAUUGCGGUAACAAAUCGAUAUCUCA